GCCUCAACGUUCCUUCGGAGGACGAAAUCCUAUGGGAUACCAUACGUCGUCGACUGUUCUGGAUGGCUAUAGCAAUCGCUGGCCCAGAAUUCGUGCUUACCUAUGCCAGCGGGCAGUGGGGCACAGCCAGGGAUUCAGUCAAGGCUUUCAAGGCCUCAAACUCCCCUUAGUGGACGAUGGAACACGGAUUCUUUGCCGACAUGGGCGGGUUUCUUCUCGUGCCACCAGACACCGUUCCAUUCCCCGCCACUGCGAAGCAGAUCCAUUGGCUUAUUGAGCACCGCUAUCUACCAUUCCCGGACGUUACAUCGGCUGAACUGGCAGACAAGUCUAAGCAAGAUACGGUUGCGAAAGUAGUCACCUGUUUUCAGAUUGGCUACCUGGUUCUUCAAUGCCUCGGGCGAGCAGCUCAACGCCUCACCGUAACUACGAUGGAAUUGUCAGCACUUGCCAUUGUUGUCUGUUCCAUCAUGACAAGCCUUUGUUGGUUACAUAAACCUUCCAAUGUCCGAAUUCCGAUCAAGUUGCAACUUAAGAUUAGCAUAGAGCGGAUACUCAGGGAAGCCGGGGAGAUUGCAGCGACGCCAUAUAAACAAACACCGCUAGACUUCAUCGACGAUCUGUGCCCUAGUUGGUCUUUGAACGUGCAAACCUUCAUGAAUAUGCCUGUCGCACCCUUCGAGAGGCCAAUGUCGCGGCUCGGCAACGACAGAUUCCCCAACCUCAAGGGAUAUCAGGAAGCAAUUCUUUGCGUUGCAACCUUGGUGUAUGCCUCUAUACACGUCAUGGGUUGGAACUUCGAAUUUCCAACAAGAGCAGAGUUGAUCCUGUGGAGGGUGUGUAGCAUGUUCUUGUUUGGUAACACUGUUGCUUUCUGGAUAUUCGAAACUUCUGCUGCCUGGUACCAUAUUGGACGCUGGCAGCGAUUCUUCUGCAGUAUCUUUUGGAAGUCUAAGCUUGAGGACGUGGAGAAGGCAAGACUAGCAAGAGAGGCUGCUAGAGUUCCAAAAAUACUGCCACUGAGAGCUGAAUUUUGGAGUAUCUUUCCCCUCGCUUGCACAUACGCUGCCGCCAGACUCUAUCUGAUCGUCGAGGCCUUCCUCGGGAUGAGAGCGCUGAAUGCGAGUGCUUACUCCACUGUGAACUGGGCGACAUACAUCCCACAUGUUUAA